GUGGUUUCGCAGCCACUCAAGCACAUUCCAGCAAGUGCGGUGUACGGGAGACGUUUGAGACUUGAAGCGCCAUGGCGACGAAGGAGGCGUAUGUGUUCCCCACUCUGACGGAGAUCAAGCGGUCGCUACCUAAAGACUGUUUCGAGGCUUCGGUGCCUCUGUCGCUCUACUACACCGUGCGUUGUCUGGUGAUCGCGGUGGCUCUAACCUUCGGUCUCAACUACGCUCGCGCUCUGCCCGAGGUCGAGAGCUUCUGGGCUCUGGACGCCGCACUCUGCACGGGCUACAUCUUGCUGCAGGGCAUCGUGUUCUGGGGCUUCUUCACGGUGGGCCACGAUGCCGGCCACGGCGCCUUCUCGCGCUACCACCUGCUAAACUUCGUGGUGGGCACUUUCAUGCACUCGCUCAUCCUCACGCCCUUCGAGUCGUGGAAGCUCACGCACCGUCACCACCACAAGAACACGGGCAACAUUGACCGUGACGAGGUCUUCUACCCGCAACGCAAGGCCGACGACCACCCGCUGUCUCGCAACCUGAUUCUGGCGCUCGGGGCAGCGUGGCUCGCCUAUUUGGUCGAGGGCUUCCCUCCUCGUAAGGUCAACCACUUCAACCCGUUCGAGCCUCUGUUCGUGCGUCAGGUGUCAGCUGUGGUAAUCUCUCUUCUCGCCCACUUCUUCGUGGCCGGACUCUCCAUCUAUCUGAGCCUCCAGCUGGGCCUUAAGACGAUGGCAAUCUACUACUAUGGACCUGUUUUUGUGUUCGGCAGCAUGCUGGUCAUUACCACCUUCCUACACCACAAUGAUGAGGAGACCCCAUGGUACGCCGACUCGGAGUGGACGUACGUCAAGGGCAACCUCUCGUCCGUGGACCGAUCGUACGGCGCGCUCAUUGACAACCUGAGCCACAACAUCGGCACGCACCAGAUCCACCACCUUUUCCCUAUCAUUCCGCACUACAAACUCAAGAAAGCCACUGCGGCCUUCCACCAGGCUUUCCCUGAGCUCGUGCGCAAGAGCGACGAGCCAAUUAUCAAGGCUUUCUUCCGGGUUGGACGUCUCUACGCAAACUACGGCGUUGUGGACCAGGAGGCGAAGCUCUUCACGCUAAAGGAAGCCAAGGCGGCGACCGAGGCGGCGGCCAAGACCAAGUCCACGUAAGCAGUAUGGAGACAGACUUUGGCAGUAAUAAAACAGCGAUCUUUUCUGAGUACACAGCA